CGCAGCAGCUGCUGCUACUCCAGCCGAAUGCCGACAAGAAAGCAGCAGUAGCCGAGCGGCGAUCAGUGCGUUCUGAGUCGUGCCUCGAGAAGGAUACACAUCGCAGCGUGUGUGUGUGUGUGCGUGCGUUCGUCGUUUUCAGCCCGCACACAACGGUGAGCGGUGCGCGCGCGCGCGCGUUCAGGCGCACUCGACUACCUACCUCUCCGAAAAAAAGUACAUUUUUCUCUUUUUCCUCCGCUUCUUUUUUCUACUUUUAUAUACAACACGCGCGUACGCAUAACGCGAAUGCAGUGCACCAGUGCGGCCGGUAACGUCACGCAGUAGUUCGCCGAUGUUGCCAGUGCGAAGAGUGUCUAGCCGCAGCCUCAUCAUCAGUACAAAGUAUCCGAGCGAGUGUACGGUACAGGCGUAGAUAUUAAAGGAAAAUAAAGUCAGAGCGUUGGCUGCAUGUUGUGCUCGCGUCAUGCUAAUCGGUGUCUCGUUCACGGCUGACUCGACGACGAAGAUGCUGCGAGUCCUGAUACUGUUUCUGGGCCUCGUCGCCGCGACGAGCACGUUGCCAGCAACGGAGCUCGGCAGCGGCUCCAAACCGCUCAGCUGCGACGCCGUCAGGCCGUACUUCGAGGAGCAGGGAUUUCCCGCGAGCGAUAUACCCAAGGAGCCCAUAUCAUCAAGAGAACUGAAAACCUGCGGCGGCAUCAGCAGCGGCGGAGAAGUGUGUUGCUCGGCCGAUAUGGAGAUACGAUUACAAGCCAGAGCUCGCGAUAAGCAUGAUAAAGCGACUAAAGACACCCUACAGCGGCUGCAGAAUAUCUUGCACACAAGGGCCACUAAAUUUCACGAAUUCUUCAACAAGCUACUGAAGGGCAGCAAAAAGAGCUUUCACGAAAUGUUCAAGAAAACGUACGGAAUACUGUACGAGCAGAACGCUUAUGUAUUUAUAGACCUGUUUAUGGAGCUUGAGAAAUACUACGCCAAGGGAUUGGUAGAUCUCGACGACGUGAUGGAUACGUUUUUCAACACGCUCUACCAAAAGAUGUUUACCGUGCUAAACAGUCAGUACAAAUUCGACUCUAAGUAUCUCGAAUGCGUGGGCCACCACAUGAAGGAGAUGCGGCCCUUCGGAGACGUGCCUCAGAAACUCGGGGUCCAAAUAAAACGUUCGUUCAUAGCGACGAGAGCCUUUAGCCAAGCGUUAACCGUUGCCGCCGAUGUGCUCAAGAAUAUGCAGCAGUUGAAGCCGUCGAGCGAAUGUGCGGCUGCUCUGACGCGCAUGACUGUCUGCCCGUCGUGCAGUGGCAUUUCCGGCAGUGUACUUGCCUGUAACGAUAUGUGUGAGAACGUGAUGAUGGGCUGUCUGGCGCAACACGCUGCCCUCGACGCUGACUGGAAUCACUUCGUUGAGGCCGUAGACAAGGUGGCGGACAGGCUGCUCGGGCCGUUCAACAUUGAGAUGCUGGUGCGACCCAUCAAUCUCAAGAUCUCCGAGGCCAUAAUGAACUUCCAGGAGAGCAGUAGCGAUGUUUCGCAGCGUGUGUUCACCGGAUGUGGUCGGCCGGUACUCGGACGAAGGCGCAGACGCGCUGCGCCUCGACGAAAUCACAAAGAGAUCGACGACGGCAAGUCUCUGAGCUUCGAGGAGCCGCACGAGGAGAGAAGGUCGCGAAUCCGCGAUCAGGACCAGGAUCGGUUCGUCGACGAGGGUCACGACGAUCACGACAGCGAACACGAUAUGGGAGAGGACGAGGACGGCUCCAGCAGCGUCAGUCUGGACAAACUCGUCAAGGAGAUCAAACAACGCAUCCGAGAUUCCAGGCAGUUUUGGCUCUAUUUGCCCUACAAUCUCUGCAAUGACGGACUCGUCGUCCCGCCCAGCAAUACGAACGACUGCUGGAACGGCACGCACGUCGACAAGUAUAUCUACCCGCUGUCAUCCAACGGCGAGUUCCAGUCUAUGAACCCCGAGGUGCGUGCCUCGGGACCACGGAUCAACAUAGUCAGAGAGCAGGUGUUUGCUUUGACAAGCAUAACCAACCGGCUUCGUUUGGCGUUCAACGGGCAUGAUGUCGACUGGUUCGACACCGAGGAGACCUACGCAUCGUCGGGUAGUGGGUCCGGUUCUGGUAGUCCAGAUGACAUCACGGACGACGAGGACGGCUUCGAAGAGGAGGGCAGCGGUUCGGAGCCACCGGCGAGAGCCACGCCUUCGAGUCCGCACGAAGACUCGGAGAAGCCGAAGGAACGCGUGGAGGACGAUCUGGAGUCGAGUUCCACUCAGCCGUCGCCAUCACUGGUCGAAGUCACCGAAAGCGAACGCGAACGGGAGCGCGUGCCCGAGGUCACCACCGACGAGGAUACGAGACGCAUCAAUGAAAUAGAGCCUCCUCAGCUGGGUCCGGACAAGGGCUCGGCCACUACCACGCAAAGGAUGUCCCUCUCCAGGGCGCUCACGACUUACCUGCUGCCAAUCGUCGUUGUCUGGUUCGGAGGUUGCCUUACCGACUGGUUGUGAUCGGCACCUCCACCGGACAGCGUCUCACUCUACUCCAAGUCCGAGCAACAGCACACUUUGUAAAUAGUAUCUAAGCAUUGAGGACCUGAGCGAGCGAGCUUUGUGAUACCUCGGUUGAUCGUACUCGGCCACUCCUCAACGUACUGAAUUCUCUUCUCUGUAGUGAAUGCGAUCGCGUGCCUGAACAGACAACUUUUAAAGCUCAUUUCGGCGUACUUAUUAUAUAUCAUUGACGUUCAGUCAUUUGUACAUGGCUAAGACAACUCGUUUUACUCAGCCGCAUAAGGAUUGCGACGAACUCGAUUUAUACAAUACACAAGCAUACGUAAAGAAUUGUGACUUCUCGACAUUGGUCUUUCCGAAGCGACCAUUCCUUUCGUCGCCGCCUUCAAUUCGCACGUCAAACGGCUAUGGCUUUUCUUCGAAGAGGAACAUUUGUAAUUGUUCCGAGGCAUUCUCAUACGCGAGGACAAGUGAAACCGCUUUUAGUGUUUAAUAUUUUUCACGAAAAUUAAGCAUCUUUAAGGUUUAAGACGACUCAUUUUGUAUAUGGGAUGAGUGCCAUCAUAUCAUGCGAUCGAACCAAUAGAAUGACUUCGAAUAUUACAGUGACGUUUUUUUACAUUGUCAACGACUUUUUUUCUACGCACGAUAUACAAAGUAUAUUAAUGAAAAGUUAUGAACUCGGCUUUAUUAUUCUAGGUAUUUUAACUUAUGAUAUUUAUUUGUUAAGUUAUUUAUUUGAAGCUCUGCUAAAUUUUUUUUAGUAUUAGUCGGACAAUUUACAACAUGCUCAUCACUUUUCUUCCACAACGUUUUAGCAAAUAGGUUCUUUUUUUAUCGUAUUCUACAGAUAGGGGCGUCUUGCGUUAUUACGAAAUCGCUUGUUUCUACCUAUACUUCAAAACGAAAUGCAAUUGUUAGAGUAGCGAAAUACGCCUGUCGAUGACGAAGAGCGUAAUAAUCAAAGCGAUGAAAAGUCUAACAAAUUAAUGUAAAAACAUAUGAAUAAGUCUAAAAAUAAUAAAAAAAGAAAUGAGCUUCUGUGAUAAAAUCAACUAUGCUGUAAGAUUCUUGGAGAAUCUUAUAAUAGCGUCCACUCUCGCGUCUCGUUGUAAGUGCAGCAUGUGAGACAGGUCGUUGCGAGAAUGACAUUGUUAUUCUAGUGAAAUGCUAAAACUUAUUAUAUUGUAAAACUUUUGUUUUAUUAUUAUUAUUAAUAUCAUUAUUAUCAUUGCAUCGUGCGACAGUGCGUAAACUACUUUUAAGCGUUGGUGGCGCACACUAGCUACAGUAUACGAUUAUAUUGUUGUAAUUAUUAUUAUUAUUAUUAAAUAACGAGAAAGGGGUCUAAAUACAAUGACGUGUUGUAUAAAAAAGUGUACAGCAAAAAUGACAAGCAUAACGCGAUACCUUAUGCAAUUAAACUAUUAUUUGAAUAUACAGAUUUGAGGGUAUGCGUAAUAAUAAUAAUAAUUAUUAUAACAACAAUGAUAAUCAUCCAAACGAUAGCAAUAAUAAUAAAAAAACAAUAAAAAUAAUAUGAUACGAAUGAAAUUGUAAUUAUUAUUUUUAAUCAUCUUUUAUCGUCUUCAGUAAUAUAUACGAUGAUAUGAAUAAUUUCCAUUUUGUUAAACUUUUUAAAAGUAACAAACUGUAACGAUUUUAUUUAAAUAAGCUAAUUUAUUUAAGAAUAAAGGUUGCGGCCGAAUAUGAUUAUAAACGGCAACUUGAAGUAAAAAGGGAUAAACUAAGCUUAAGCAGCGAAAGUCUAAAAACUGUAUAAUAAAUAUGUAAUUUUUAAUACAGAAAAUACAUGAUUGGAUACAAUUAUUAUAGCUAUGAAGUCGUAUGACACGUUUUGAGAAAAAAAUAUACUAAUGAUUCUUUUGUCUACAAAUCAAAGUACUAUUUUUAAAAUUUGUAUAAAUAUAAUAAAAGUACGUGUUACUCGUAAAAGGAGUCAUUUAAUCGUCAUGUGUGAAAGGUAAUAGUAAUAGUAAAAAAUUAUACUUUAUAGUUGAAACAAAUAGAAAAGUACUUGGGCUUAUAAAAAUGUUUUAUCUUAGAUUUAUAAAAUUAUAGACAAAGUUCUAAAAAGAAAUUAUUUAUGAAAUGCAACUUCCUUAGUCCUCUUAAAGUUGAUCUUGCAUAGUAAUUUUUUGCCAUGUGCACACGCGAAGAGUAAUCUUCUACUAAUUUUUUAAUGUAAUAAAAAUAAGUUGUGUAGAUAAUUCGUCGAUAAGUAGCUGUUUUUCCUAUUUUAAAAUCAAUUACUAUACGAUACUAGAAUUUAUAUCAGGUUAAAACGCUUAUAUUAAUAUAACAUUUACGCAUACCAUUCUCCAUAGUUAUUCAAUAUUAUUUUAAAGUGUACAUCAUACAUUGUGUUUUGUAUUAAAAAGAAAAUUUUGCAAAUUUACUCUGUUGUCCCACUGAGUUUUUUCUAAAUUUUUAUACAUUUUAUAAAAAAAAAAAAAAGAAGAACGUAAUGCAUUUAUUUUUAAUACGUUUAUACGAUGAUAUAACGUUACUUAAGAUUGUUCUUUCCCUACUAAAUAGUGCUCAUAAAAAUUUAUGUUAGAAUAUAUGUAAGAAUCUUGCAGUAUUGGUGAUUAAGAAAUUAUAAUUUACAAACUAAUAAAAAAUGUUUAUAUGUGAAUUUA